GGUUUCUUGCUGGAAACCUAAUUCACCUCCCAUUUCAGGGUUGGGCGCAACGAACGGCAACCUGUCACUUUCUCCCUCCAAAUAAAAUCUCUUCCUCCUCCUCUCCAAAUUCGCUACGUGCGCGUGUGGAGAUCCAGGCGCCACGAGCAUCUCGUCGCUUCGUGAAGUGAUAGGGGAAAACAGAGCAGCGGGAUCGAGCAAUGGCGGGCGCUCUGUUCUGUUCUGUAACGACCUUGGUUGCGCAUCUGAAUUCCUCUCCGGGGCUCCGAUUGACAUGGACCUCCACUUCUGCAGUCAAGUACGUCUGUCUGUCUGUGUGUAGCUUAUGCGAGAUGGGGAAUUCAAGGCUGACUAAAAUUGUGGAAAAGCGAAGCCCGGACAAGGUUGUUUCUUCCUUCUUAUAAAGAGCCAACACAUUGCACUCCUACAUAUACUAGGGGCAUAUAGCAUGUUUCAGCAUCAUAAUAUGGGAUCAUUGCUGAUUGUUUCUUUUAGAAAGAUUCAUUAUUCAGAAAAUGUUUUUCUUAAAGAAGAUACUAGUUGUCAGUAUUUCAUUCUUUUGAAAAAGUAAUUGUCAGCAUUUGUGAAGUAUUCAAACCUAAAAAUGGCUGGUGGUUUUGUUGAGGCUGCAAGUCCCCCCUGUUUUUGGUUUGACUUUUUUUUUGUUGGUUCAACAGAUUUAAGGUAAACUUGCCAUGUGGCACAUUUAUAUUCAUGGCAACGAAUUCGCCACAUAAACUUGCUUCUGUUGCAGACUUUGGCUACUGCGAUUUAGUAGUUCUCGUCGUCAAGUUGAGCUUGUAUGGUAGGACAGGAUCGAUGAGUGGCUGCUGAAUGUGGAUAUUUUUUCUAUAUACAUUUGCAAAGGAAAGGUUUUGUAACAACAUCAGAUUUCCCAUCAACAUGCAAGAUUAUCACCAAGCAUUUAACAGCCUUGAAAAAAAGGGGGAAGUACUGUAGCAUUGUUACUGUAGCCAAUCGUGAUGGAACUUGGCUCAUUAGAUUCGUCUCGAAAAGUUACACCUAUCAAAAGAUUUUACAAAUAAAUUUCGUUUAGUACUCCAUGCAUGCAUUCGUCUUUUUGUGAAAAAAAAAAUUAUGAUGUUAUCCAAACAUGGCCUAGUAGUGGUACUAGAAUAGCCUUGUUGACGUGGUUGCUUGCACUUUCUCCUUUUCUUUUUCAAAGUUUCCGUUAAAACGUCGAGACUAAUAUAAAUCUGGUAGAAUUGAGACAGAGAGAGGAACACCCCACUUAACCAGCAGCCGAAAAGAAAAGCGCUCUGAGAAAAGAAAAAAAAAGGAAACGAGAAAAGUACAAGAGAAAAAGGAAAUGGGAAUACUAGAUCCAUGCCUGCAAGCAGGCGUUGGGUGUCAGGUCAACGGUCAGCGCGGCGACAUGUCACCCGGGGCCCGGCGGGGAACGGAACGGAACGGAACGGAAGCCGAUCGAUCCUCGAGCACCUCAACGCGGGGAGAGCCGGCCGUAUCCGUCCAUGCCAUCCCGUGUUACCGGUGGCUGAGAACGCAGCACGGGCGCGGGAGAAAUGGUCUCUCUUCUCGUCGCGCGUCGUCGUCGUCCAUUUACUCGGCAGGGUUGGUAGCUAGCUCUCGCCCCCCUCUACAAAUACUCCUCCGCCUCUUCCCAACUCCCCCCGCCAGCAGCUAAUAGCUCUCGACUGCUACUCCAUUCCAGUCGUCGUCGAUCCGGCCUCCAUCCAGCGCCUGCAGAUUUAUUAGCUUGCUUGCUUCGGCAACGGAUCGAUCGCCGAGCGCUGCGGCGCGCUGGUCAUCAGCUGAGGAGGAGGCGUGGGAUCCGAUCCAUCGGGGCGAGCGAGCUCGAAUCGAAUUUGCAUGGUGUGGUGGUAGAUAUAUAUAAUUAAGGUAGAGAGAGAUAUAUAGAUCAGUCAUGGCGAGGUCGUCGUCGGCGAAGAAGAAGAAGCAGCAGCAGCAGCAGAAGCAGCUGUCGGCGUGGCGGUUCCUGUUCGGCGGGUGCCUGAUGGGCGGCGGCGGCGGCGGCGGCGCGGCCGGGAGCGGGGGCAGCAAGGUCCGGCCCAGGCCGCGGCCGACGGCGGCGGCGAAGCAGUCGUCGUCCCCGGCCGGGGGCCUGCUGCAGCAGCGGCUGUCGGUGACGGACGUGAUGAGCACGUGCUCGGACCAGGACCUGUCGGUGUCGCUGGUGGGGUCGAACCUGCAGGUGUUCACGGUGGGGGAGCUCAAGGCGGCGACGCAGGGGUUCGUGGACAGCAACUUCCUGGGCGAGGGCGGGUUCGGCCCCGUGUACAGGGGCGCCGUGGCGGAGGGCGCCAAGCCGGGGCUCCCCGCGCAGCAGAUCGCCGUCAAGCUCUGGGACCCCGAGGGCACGCAGGGCCACAAGGAGUGGCUGUCGGAGGUGAUCUUCCUGGGGCAGCUCCGGCACCCGAACCUGGUGAAGCUGGUGGGCUACUGCAGCGAGGAGGAGCACCGCCUGCUGGUCUACGAGUACAUGCCCAAGGGCAGCCUCGAGAACCACCUCUUCAAGAAGUUCCCGCCCGUUCUGUCAUGGUCAACGCGGCUCAACAUCGCGGUGGGCGCCGCCAAGGGCCUCGCCUUCCUUCACGACGCCGAGAAGCCCGUCAUCUACCGCGACUUCAAGACAUCCAACAUCCUGCUCAACCCCGAGUACGAGGCGAAGCUGUCGGACUUCGGGCUGGCCAAGGACGGGCCGGAGGGGGACGACACCCACGUGUCGACCAGGGUGAUGGGCACCCACGGGUACGCGGCGCCCGAGUACAUCCUAACGGGCCACCUGACGGCCAAGAGCGACGUGUACAGCUUCGGCGUGGUGCUGCUGGAGAUCCUGUCGGGGCGGCGCGCGGUGGACAAGGCCCGGCCCAGCCGGGAGCGGCACCUGGUGGAGCACAUGCGCGCGUGGCUCAAGGACCCGCAGAAGCUGGGCCGCGUCAUGGACCCGGCCCUGGAGGGCGCAUACCCCGCCGCCGCGGCCCACAGGGCGGCGCUCGUGGCCUACCGCUGCCUCAGCGGGAGCCCCAAGAGCCGGCCGGACAUGUCCCGGGUCGUCGAGGACCUGGAGCCGCUCCUCGCCGUCACCGGCGACGGCGACGGCGACGGCGACGCGGCGGCGGCGCAGGAGGAGGCGGCGAGGAAGGAGGAGAGGGCGAGGAGAAGGGACGGCGAGCGGAGGGAGAAGCAGGACAGGCCGGUGGCCAGGUCCCCGAAGAGGCCGGCCGUCCCCGUCGUCCCCAGGAGGCGCCCGCCGGCCGGGCAGAGCAAGGAGUUCUGGGAGUGGCACAUGCCCGCGCAACCCAAAGCGUAGGCGUAGCGAGGUAAAUUAAAUAGGAGUACUAGCCUGUAGUAGUCUUUUUUUUUUCAUUUUUCUUAACGGUGUGCGUGUGGGCAUGGGUUGCUGGUUCCCGGUUGGAUCGUGUUAAAAACGUUCGAGAUGUAAAUUUAGGUGGUAGAUUAUUCAUGUCGUCGAUGGAGUACGACACUACGUAGUGAUUUUUUGUUCACGGGGUUGAGGAUUCUAUUACGUAUACUGCACAACCCCUGCCGCAAUCUGAGGCUGUAAUUCCUUGGUUUUCUUUAUUUAUUAAUAUUUUGGUUGAUA